UCAUGCUGGUCCAGAAUUAUUUCUGGAUUUCUUGCCUAGUUCUUGCAGGUUUCAUCACCUUACAGGUGUGUGGUCAAGGGUCAAACCGUCUGAAGCUGACUGUCCUUUCAGAAGACAGAUUGCAAAUGAAAUGGAAGGAAACAGAAGGAAACACCAACGGGUACAAAGUUCGUGUAAAGCCAAUGGCAGGUGACUCUGAACAGGAAGUGAUGUUGAAAACCAAGAUGGCAAAAGCAACUGUGGGUGGGCUGAGUCCUACCAAAGAAUACACUCUGCAGAUCUAUAUCCUUAAUGGCUCCCAGGAGACCCUCUUUGUCAAGAGGAAAUUUGUGAUUGAAGAACUGAAAAACCUUUCCGAGGCUAGAAGCCACAAGAAACAUCCAACGAGUGUUCCAGAGAAGGGAGGGAUCCUAGCAGUUGAAGUCACUUCACCAGCUCUGGGUGACACCUCAACUCUGAUAGGAAGAGCUGAGCCAGAGAAGAAAAGGCAAAAAAAUCCCCUUUUGAAAGCAGACGAAUAUAUGCUGAAUGCUGAGCCAACAUUGACAUUGCCAACUCUGCCAAGCUUAAUAGAGUUUGAAGGGGAUUAUCUGGCCCGAAGGAAAACAAGCAGAGACAGCUUAAGGAAAGUUUCUCAUUUCCAGUGUGACACGUCUGCAAUGACCGAUAUUAUCCUGCUGGUGGAUGGAUCUUGGAGUAUCGGGCGCAACAAUUUUGGACUCAUCAGAGAAUUUUUGGCUUCUUUGCUUGCACCUUUCAAUAUUGCUGAGGAUAAGAUCAGGAUAGGCUUGUCCCAGUACAGCAGCGACCCGCGCACCGAAUGGGACCUGAAUACGUUUUCCACCUGGGAGCAGGUGUCUGAAGCCAUUAGGAACUUGCGCUACAAAGGAGGGAACACCUUCACAGGAUUAGCACUUACUCAUGUCCUAGAGCACAACCUGAAGGCAGAAGCUGGUGCUAGGUCUGAAGCUUUGAAACUGCUCAUCAUUUUGACUGAUGGUAAAUCUCAGGACAAUGCCAGCCCCCCUGCCCAGACCUUGAAGAAUAUGGGAAUCAAGAUAUUUGCUGUUGGGGUGAAAAAUGCAGAUGAAGCAGAGCUGCGCCAAGUGGCCUCAGAACCCCUGGAGAUGACUGUCUACAAUGUGCUGGAUUUUCCUCUGCUCCAUUCUCUGGUCAGCCGGCUCACGUGGAUCUUAUGCGCCUGGAUCAAGGAGAAAAACCAGGACAAGGAUAUAGGUGACCCAAUGAAAACCAUUCCAGUGAAAUCCGGGGUCCAUCUGAGUCCAACCAACCUUCUUUUAAAAGAAGUUACUUCCAGAAGUAUGCAUCUCAUCUGGAACUCACCAGUGAUAACACCCCAAAGAUACAGGGUGGUCUAUUACCCCUCUCGAGGUGGAAUUCCUAAAGAGGUUGUCCUGGAUGGAACCACCUCUAGUGUACAGCUCCUCAAUUUGACACCCCAGACAGAAUACCUGGUUUCAGUCUUCCCUAUUUAUGAGAAUGCUGUGGGAGAUGGUCUCAGAGGCAUCAGUUCAACGCUACCUUUGGCUGCACCAAGAUCUCUCAGAACAUCUGAAAUCAGCCACAACAGUAUCAAACUCACGUGGGAACCAGUUGAAGGGGCCACACAAUAUCUUAUCCUUUCCUCCUCAACACCCAGUGGUGCCGAAGAUGAUACAAAAGAGCUGAAAGUAGAACAGCCGGAAGUUUGGAUCAGGGGCUUGACUCCCAGCACUGAAUACUCCCUGGCAGUUUAUGCAAUGUAUGGAGAAGAUGCUAGCAAUCCAGCAAGUAUUCAGGAAACUACUUUGGGCCUGAGCCCUCCAAGACAUCUGCAUUUCUCCAACAUCAGCCAUAUGUCUGUCAGAGUCAACUGGGAGGCAGCGUCACAAGCCGUGAAAAGUCACCGAGUUGUAUAUUCCUCCAGUAGAGGAAGCAACGUAGGGGAGGUGGAAGUCCCUGGAAAUGCCUCAUUUGCUGUGCUGAAGCCCCUCUCCUCACGGACACAAUACUUUGUCCAUGUGGUCUCUGUUUACGAUGAAGGUGACUCCUUUCCAAUAAUGGGCAAUUUUACAACAUUCAAGGUGCCACCACCGAGCCAGCUGAAGGUCACCGAGCUCUCCAGAAGUGAGGUCCAACUGGAGUGGGAAGCAUCUGCAGCUUCAGAUGUGGUCCUUUAUCAGAUCAAAUGGAAUGUGCUUGGAGAAGACAGAGAACAGGAGAUAUCUGUUGCUGGAAACUUGGCAUCUUCUGUUUUGCCCGGUCUGAAAGAAAAUACUGAGUACAGGAUCUCUAUUUGGGCAUAUUACAAAGAUGGAGCUCAAAGUGAUACUGUAUCUGUUUGGCACAGAAUCUCUGCCAAGAACCCACCCAAAAAACUUUUUGUGGAUUCAGAAACCCCCAACAGCUUUCAAGUCCACUGGACUCCCCCUGAUGCAGCAGUUCAGCACUAUAGAAUCAGCUAUACUCCAGAACGGGGUCCCAACAAGCACCAGGAAAUGAUAACAGUUUCUGGAAGGAUCCAGUCCGUUGUUCUUCAUUCCCUUCUUCCUGCUAGAGUUUAUACCGUGACUGUAAUUGCAGUCUAUGCUACUGGGGAAAGUGACCCUGUAUCUGUCAUUGGCCGGACAGCUUCUGUCUUGGCCAGAUUGCCCACAAUCAAAGAACCUCCAUUUUUCAAAUCAGAGGGCUGCCCUUUGCUUCACUCUACAGAUGGCUCCAUACACGGUUUUGACAUGAUGGAGGCAUUUGGAUUGAUGGAAAAGGAGUAUGCCUCCAUCAAGGGGGUUGCCAUGGAACCCUACACCUUCUUGGGAACUUACACCUAUACCCUCUACAGAGAUAUUCAACUAACCAGGAAAACAAGUGAGGUAUUUCCUUUUGGAAUUCCAGCUGAAUACACCAUCACCUUUCUGCUCCGCCUUCUGCCAGAAAGUCCCCGGGAGGCCUUUGCUAUCUGGCAGAUAACUGAUGAGGAUUUCCAGCCUCUUCUCAGCAUCAUUCUUGACCCUAUUAAGAAAUCCUUGGUAUAUUUCCAUCGUGACUAUGAAGCCGAUAUUGAAGAAGUCACCUUUGAUCAACAGGAAGUGAAGAAGAUAUUCUAUGGAAGCUUUCACAAGGUACAUGUAUUGGUGAGCCAUGGCUGGGUCAGGCUCUUUAUCGACUGCAAGAAAAUAGGAGAAAAGCUUCUUGGGAAAUCAGAGGUCCUUUCGACAGCAGGCUUUGUCAUGCUGGGGAAACUGACCAGAACGCGAGGACCACGGAGUGGAUCGGCGAUGCUUCAGUUGCAGUCACUGCAAAUGGUGUGCAGCACCUCGUGGCCCGAAGAAGACCGUUGCUGUGAGAUACCAGCACUGAGGGAUGAAGAGGCUUGUCCCAGUUUGCUUCCUUCCUGCAGCUGCACAUCUGGCAUUCCAGGACUUCCAGGGCCCCCAGGCCCGCCGGGCAAUCCUGGGCGUAGGGGCCUCCAGGGAGAACAGGGGGAACCUGGCCCCAAGGGGGAGCCAGGUCCUCCUGGUCAAGCUGGGCCAGCCGGUCCAGGAGGACAGCAAGGGACCCCCGGUUCUCACGGAUUAACAGUGCAAGGCCCCAUUGGACCGCCCGGUCUUAAGGGUGAUAAAGGGGACAGUGGGAGCCCAGGAAUACAGGGUAUGAUGGGUCCUCAGGGAACAGCAGGUAAAGAUGGCCUUCAAGGAUCAAAGGGUGUUCGAGGACUCGAAGGUGCAGCUGGACCACCAGGUCCACCAGGACCACGGGGAUUCCAAGGCAUAGCAGGUGCCCGGGGUACCACUGGAGAAAGAGGUCCCCCUGGAGAAGUCGGACCAACGGGGCUUCCAGGUCCAAAAGGAGAAAGGGGUGAGAAAGGUGAAGCACAGUCCUUGUCUACCAUUUAUCAUCUGGUAAACCAAGCUUGUGAGCGUCUGAUCCAGUCUCAUGUGCUAAAGUUUGACUCUUUCAUCCAUGAACAUUCACGGAAACCUGUUCCCAUCCGGGAGGAUCAACCAAAGGCUGGAGAACCUGGACCAACUGGACUCUCUGGCCUCCCUGGCAUGAAAGGUGAAAGAGGAGAUAUUGGGAUGCCUGGACUUCCAGGAAGAGAUGGAUAUCCAGGAGAAAGAGGUGUCCCUGGGCCCAAGGGGGAAAAAGGCUGCUCUGGAUCAAGUGUGGAAGGCUCUGAAGGACCAAGAGGUCAAGCAGGCUCUGCAGGAGAAAUGGUGCUUGGCAAACAAGGCUCAAAAGGAUCCCCAGGCAGUACUGGUCCCCCUGGAUUUCCUGGGGCUCGCGGUCAGCCUGGAGAUCCUGGCCACGCAGGUAGAUGUCUUCCUACAGGAUGCUACAAAGAUAGUACAAGAGGUAAAUCUUGA